UUUCUAUUACAUAGUACAUAACGCUAUACACAUAUAUUUUUUAUAGUCCAUUAUAAUGAAAAAAUUACUCAAUGUAAUUAGUGUCCUAUUAAUUAGUAAUAUGCACCAUUUUUAAUCGACAGUUUCAUUUAUUCAGGAUAUUAGCUAUUUCAAAACACUUUGUAAAAGACCAUGUUUUUUGUAUUAAACAAAUAAAAUCAAAUUAUAUAAGUAUGACUGACAAUGAAGACAAUCAAAAUGUACCAGUCAACAUUCGUUACUCUCGAGGUUUUUCAUUUUUACGUUUACAACUUCCAACAACCAAUGAGUUUAGUGAUUUGAGACGACCACAAAGAUCACGUAGUCAAGGUUUUCUUACUGGGUUGUCAAAUCGUUUACCGUCAUUUUCUAUCACUGGUCCAUUAUAUGAUGAUAGUCCAUUACCACCUAGUGAUAAUACAAACAAAAGAUUCAGCUUUGCACAUUUCAGAAAAAUUUCAUCGGCGAAUUUACACACUAGUGAUUCAAUGGUGUCGUUAUGCUACAGAGCUUUACAUAAUUACAUCUCAGAAAAUAAUUUAGAAGGUCUUCAAGGAUUUCUUGAAAACCGCCGUGUUCUUGUUGAUGAUCGUGAUGAUAACGGAGCUACUGCUUUACAUUAUGCCGCAACUAAAGGAAAAUUACAAUUUCUCAGAGAGCUUAUUAAUCAUGGAUCAGAUGUUAAUAUUGAAGAUAAUGAUAAUUGGACAGCAUUGAUUUGUGCUGCCAAAGAAGGUCAUACUGAUAUAUGUGCUGAAUUAUUAGAUCAUGGAGCUGAUAUUGAACACCGAGAUAUGGGAGGAUGGACGUCACUUAUUUGGUCUAGUUACUGUGGAUAUCCUAACUUGGCUAAUUUUCUAUUGGACCGAGGGGCUGACAUAAAUGCUCAUGGAAAUUUUCAUAUUACUGCAUUAGUUUGGGCUGCAGGUAGAGGACAUACAAAGUUGGCAUGUAAUUUAAUAGCACGUGGUGCUAAAGUCAACGUUGGCGACAAGUAUGGAACUUCUGCAUUAGUAUGGGCAUGUAGAAAAGGUGAUGUAGAACUUGUUGAUACAUUGUUAAGAGCUGGAGCUAAUGUUGACACUGCUGGAAUGUAUUCAUGGACUCCAUUAUUAGUUUCUUCAAUGGGAAAUCACACCGAAGUAGUAAACCUACUCCUUGAACGUAAGCCAAAUGUCAAUGCUUUAGACCAAGAUGGAUGUACUGCUUUAACGAUUGCAUGUAAAGAAGGAUAUUAUGAUAUUGCUAAUUCUCUUUUAAAUGCUGGAGCUUAUAUAAAUAUACAAGACCGUAGUUCAGAUACUAACCUUAUACAUGCUGUUAAAGGAGGACACCGAAAUAUUGUGGAAGCACUUCUUAAAAAAUAUGCAGAUGUCGAUGUUAUGGGAAAAGAACGGAAAACUGCAUUGUAUAUUGCUGUAGAAAAAGGCAAUACAGCAAUAAUUAAGUUAUUACUUGGUGCGAAUCCUGAUUUAGAAAUUUCAACAAAAGACGGUGAUACACCUUUGAUGAGAGCUGUUAGAAACCGUAAUGCUGAAGCUGUUCAACUUUUAAUUGAAAAGCGUGCUCGUGUACCAGCUACAGAUAAACGUGGAGAUACUGCUUUACAUAUUGCUAUGAGAGCUAGAGCUAGAGGAAUUGUUGAAAUAUUGCUACGAAAUCCUAAAAACAGCCAGCUUUUAUACAGACCAAAUAGAGCAGGUGAAACACCAUAUAAUAUGGAUGUUAAUGCUCAAAAGCCUAUUCUUAGUCAAAUAUUUGGUUCGAGGCGUCUUAAUACUAAUGAAGAUAAUGAAAACUUACUGGGAUAUGAUCUUUACAGCAGUGCACUGGCUGAUAUGCUUAGUGAACCUACAUUAUCGAUGCCAAUAACUGUUGGGUUAUAUGCUAAAUGGGGUAGUGGAAAAUCAUUUCUACUUAAUAAAUUGAGAGAGGAAAUGAAAAAUUUUGCUCAUCAAUGGACAGAUCCAUUUUUUCAAUUCCCAUGGUUAAUAUUGGGUGUGGCACUUCAUUUUUGUUUCAUUGCUGGUACUAUGGUUGUAGUCUUGACAUCAUCAUCACUUAUUGCAAUUAUCACAACAUUUAGUUUAUUAGCUGGUAUAUUUUUCUUCCUGAUAAUGGUAUACUAUGGCAGUCAUAGACUUGAUUGGGCUUAUAAUUGUAUCAGCUAUCUAAGCCAAAAAGCAGUUACAACACGAAUAAUUCUACAAAUAAUAUUUUGUCAUCCACCAGGUUCAAGUUGGGGGACAUCAGUUACAGCACAACCUAUUAGAUUUUAUUUUACUGAUCAAACUCGAGUAAGUAGUACAACACCUGGAGAAAGUACAAUUAUUCAAAUGAUAGGUUCAUUAUAUGAUUCAAUUGAAAAAGAUUUUGGAUCAAUUUCUACCCGCUUGUACAGAGCUUUUCGUCCAAAACCUGUAAAACUUACUUCACCUUGGAAAUGGCGCAAAUUAUGUUGCAUGCCAAAUAUAAUACUAUUUGAAUUAUCAUUUCUAUGUGUUUUAUUAGUAACACUAAUUAUUGCUAUGAACAAUGGUACAUUAACUUUUAUAAAUGAUUUUUCAAUUGACAAAGCUAUUGGAAAUGUUAUACUAUUUUGUUGUGGGAUGUUCAUUUUAUUACUAUUGAUAGGAAAUUUAUAUACAUUUAGUCAAUUACUACAAUCAUUAGUAUUCUCACAACGUAAACAAUUAAGGAGAGCUACAUCAAGAUUAGAUACGUUAAAGUCUGAAGGAUUUAUUCAAGCAUUACGGACUGAAGUAAAUUUAAUGACAGAAAUGGUGCGUUGUUUAGAUGCAUUUACUCAACAGCAAACUAGAUUGGUAAUAAUUAUUGAUGGUCUAGAUUCCUGUGAACAGGACAAAAUAUUAUUACUUUUAGAUGCUGUACGGAUGUUAUUUUCUGAACAAAAUACGCCUUUUAUAGUGGUCUUAGCUAUUGACCCACAUGCAAUUUCUCAGGUAAUUGAACUAAAUAGUCGACGGUUGUUAAAUGACAUGAAUUUUUCUGGACAUGAUUAUCUUAAAAAUAUGGUUCAUUUGCCAUUUUUUCUUCAAAAUUCUGGUUUACGCAAAGUAAAAUUAGCUCAAAAAUCAUCUCAAUCUCAUCGUAAAAGUGUUACUAACCAAAUGGAUGAAUGUGGAUUGGUACAUUCGGCUUCAACUCGGCGGUUAUCUAAUGAGUCUACAACUUUAAAACCUACAAUGGGCUCUUCUGGAGGUCUUAGUCGAAGCAAGGGUAACAUUAAUUCUACCAGGAAUAAAUUAAAGUCUAGUGAAAGUAUUGCAAGUAGCAUAGCUAGCAACAUACAUAGAUUAGGUGGUCCACAAGAUCUUUCUAAAAUUUUGUUGACUGAUGACUAUUUUAGUGAUGUGAAUCCUAGAAGUAUGAGACGUUUAAUGAAUAUUGUUUAUAUUACAGGUCGUUUAUUGAAAGCAUUUCAAUUAGAAUUUAAUUGGUAUCAUUUAGCUAGUUGGAUAAAUAUUACAGAACAAUGGCCUUAUAGAAUAUCUUGGAUGAUUAUUUUUCAUGAUACUAAUGAGGAUACUAUUGAUGAUUCAAUGUCAUUAAAAACUUUAUAUGAAAAAGUACGUCGUCAAAUACAACUUUCUAAAGACAUUGAUCCAUUAAUGGAGAUGGACAAAGAUGAAAAAAAAUUUGAAAUAUUUCUUUCUUUUCAUCGAACAACAUUACUUGUUAGUGAUUUAAGAAUUUUCUUACCAUUUACUAUCAAUCUGGAUCCAUAUUUGAGAAAAGUUAUUAAAGAUGAAAUGCAAAACUCUGAAGAUUCCACUGUUUUUAGACCAACAAUAACACAUAAUGAACUACAAACACGGAGAGUGCAAAAUCAACUUAUGAGAAGACAGAAAAUGGGAGCUAAACUAUCAUUACAGCAUGAAACCUUACCAACGACAUUGAUGCUAAAUGAACCACAAUCUACUGUAUUAUGGAAUCAACAAGUUCAAAAUCGAUGGCAUACACCUUAUGAUGAAUUACCAAAUCAACUUCAAAAUUUUUCUAUUUCAUCAUUAUCUGAUGAAUUUAACAAUAUUAAACUAUCAUCAUCAAGUGUAGAUGAAAUUUGUAAAUUGUUAACAAGAAUUAGAGAUUUACAAGAGUCAAACAUUCCAAAAUACACACAAAUAAUUAAAGAUAACAAUCUUACUGGUUGUGUACUCCUACACUGCAAUUUGAAUGAACUUAAAAAUGUAUUAAAAAUGAAUUUUGGAGAUUGGGAACUUUUCCGUAUAGUUUUAUUAGCAUUGCGGGACAAAGAGUACUUAAUAAAUAAUGAAACCAACAGUAAUAUUAAUUUUAAACACACAAGAUCGGGUAGCUCUAAAAACCAAUCCCAUGAAAGAAGAGGUACAGAAAUAUUUGGAUCUUCUAAUAAUAGUAAUAAUGUGCAAGGAACUUUAAACGAUAAAGAUCAGAAAGGGUCAAAAAUAUCAUCAGUUGAAAAACAAGUAACAUUAGAAGAACAAAUGAUUUGUGGUGCAUUACAAACUCUGAAUGAAGAAGCAUGUGAAGAUGUCCUGGAAGAAUCUGAAGAACAAGGCACCAUAGCAGCAGCUACCUAUUUGCAAGUACCACAGCAGCCUAUCGACAUAAUUACAGAUUUUGAACGGUGCAAUAAAGGUGAUGGAUCCGUGUGUAGUACUACUUCAAGUAACGAUAAUGGAGGAGAUGUUGAUGCAUUUUUACUUCAGAAUUCACCUCAUCAUAGUAUUGUUCAAUAUCCAGCAUUUCAAUAUGAAGGAAAUAAUUCUAUUUCAGCAAAUUCAUUAAACAAUACUCCAAUUGCUUCUAGAAAAAAUCUUAUUGAUUACAAAACAUGUAUUGUAACUACAACUACUGAAAAAGCUGGAAAACCGUUUUUGCUUAAAUCUAUUAAAAGACCAGCAUCAUUAGUAAUGAACAGGCUUGAUGAUGCAGACACAAUACCAGAAACAAAAAAUUCUGUACAAGCUAGUGGAAUUGUAAAACAAGGUAUCGCAGGCUCAGUUGGUAUGUUAAGUUGUUUAGUAGCGAGUACAAGUUGGGUGCAACAACCCCCUGCAGUUACUAUAUCGCCAGUUUGCAGCAAUGAAAAAUUACCAACAAGUCCGCCACAAGAUACAAAUCAUUCUUCAGCUGUGUGUGCAACGGCAAGCAGUGAUGAUGAAAGCACUCCUUUAGUGUCAGACAUGUCUUCACCACAAUCUGACCACUUGCAAUCAAAUACUGACCGAUCAGACAAAGUAUAUACAUUUAAUGGCAUGUACUAUAAAGAAAACUCUCAACAUUCUUUGACUUCUCAAUUAUCUUCAAAAAGUACCGAAUCUUUGCAAUUGAGAUCAGAAGGUGGAGGUUGUUCAUUUGACGAAGACAUAGAUCUUCUUCAUGGAAUUAAUAGCAUUCAAUCUAGAUCUAGAAGAGUAUCAUUUGACAGUGAUAUCAGUAUUUUAGGCCAUCCAUAUGACUGGAACGAUCCUGAAACUAUGGUGUAAACACUAUAAUAUGAUUGUAUUAAAAAUAUAUUAAUCCUUUUUGACUUUAUAUUAUAAUACACAUUUCAUUUUAAGCUCAUUUGCAUUCUAAUUUAAAUUAACUUUUUUUUUAAUAUUAAUAGUUUUAUAUUUAAAUUUAUAGUGUUCAUGUUUUCCAAUGCCUAACUUUAAAAUUUUUAUUUACAUAUUACACAAAUUAUAAUCAUAUUAAACAACUUUAAAAUUUUUAUUUCAGUACGGUACAAGUAAAAUUCAUAUCACACUUCCAAAAACAUUAAAUUACUUUAAUUGUAUAUUUUAUUAUUUUAUUCAACUAUACUCUUAACAUUUAAAUGCUGUAAAAAAAACAUUUAAUGUCAUAUUAAUAAAGACAUGUAGAGCAAUCUAAGCAAAUGUUAUUUUUGAAAUUAAAUUUAAAAAUAUUUAUUUGUUAUAAUUUUGUAAAAUAUAAUCAUAUUAUUUUUUUUUUUAAUUGGUAUUUCACAUUCACAUAUAUAAUUAAUAAUAUCAGUUUAAGAUAUUUAUUAGAAAUAAUAAUUUUAUUGCUUAAAACUUAAAAUAAAAUAAUAAAAGUAUUUUGAUAGAUAAUAUUGAGCAAAUGUAAAGUCUAUUAAAUUAACUUAUCAACUGUAAAUUCCAUUAUUUAUUUAAAUUUUAACAUAACUUCUAACAUGAAAUAAUGUAGUAUGAAACUUAAAAUGUAUGGUUUAUUUUUUAGAUUACCAUUCUUUAAGUAUUUAUUUUAAUUUAAUUGAUUAUGAUUAGAUUAAUAAUUACUCCUUUGAAUAAAUUAUGUGUUCUAGUAUAAGAAUUUAAUUUUGGGUUUAGUUUUUAUGACUAACUACUAAAUAGUUUAACUUUAAAUAAGUUUAAUCAUAACGAACCAAUUAAAACGAUUUUAUUUUUUAUAUCUACUAAAUAUAAUAUAUAAAUUUAUGUAUGUAUAUAAUUACAUUAUGACUAUAGAUACAUUUUUAAAAAACAAUUUGUAUAUUGUUUUUUUAAUUGAUUAAAUUAUUUAGAUAACUUACUAAACAUUAAUAAAAGUUAUAAUUUUUUAUGAUUACUAGAAUAUUUUUACAUAGCUUUCACAUUUAUAAAAUACUUUAUAUUUAUAGUUACUUACUAAUAAUUUAUAUCUGCCAUUUAAAAAAAAAAAUAGGUUUUAAGUAAUUUAUUCUGCAAUAUCAAUUUCAAUCAUUUAAACAUUAAAAUAUAAGUUUAUACAGUUUAUAGUAUUAUUUAAUAUUACAUGAUUAAAAGAAUUAUAGAUUUUAGAGCUUAUAAAAUACAUCCACUUUAAAUCUGCAUUAAUAAUUUUUUACAUUAAUUGUUAGACAUACUAAAUGUGAUUUUUUUUUUCAUAUUUCUUAAGAUAUGUAUUUGAUCUUUUAAUAUUUAUAGUAUAAAUCAUUGUGAUACUAGUUAACUAUUUUAAUUUAUGAAUUUCCUUUUAAUUUUAAUGAAUAUAAAAUUAAUUUAUGAGUAUUUUAAAAUAGUAUUAUAGUUACUAAUAAUAGAAAAAUUAAUGAAUUUCGGACUACCUUAUACUUCAGUAUAAGUAGACAAAUUAUUGUGCCUUUUAAAUCUAUAAAUUUAAAAAUUGUAGUUUUUACAGUAUAUAUUUAUUUUUAUUUUAAUGAUUACAACAUGAGUCUCUGUUAAAGUUAUUUUACUUUUUAUUUUUUUAUUUUUUUUUUGUUAAAAAUUUUAUUGUUCCUUUAUUUUGGUAUACUAUUACCAUUUCAAAAAUUAAUUUAAAGAUUUAUUGUAAUUUAUCACAUUAGAAUGAAAAAUUAAAUGUAUUAAAUUUAAAUUUUAGUUUUAUAACUUAUUAUUAUAUUGUUAAAAUGUUUAAAUAAGUUUGUAGAAAACUAGGAACAUUGUAUACAUAUUAUAUAAUACAAGGUGAUUUUUUUCUAAGAGCUAUUGAAGUAAAUUCUUAUAGUUUGAAGUAUAACAACAAUACAUUUUGGGAUUAAUAUAAAAACCAUUUUCAAUAUUUUGUUUUUAAUCAGAUCAUUUUAAAUAUUCAUCAUUAAUCAAAAAAAACUUUUAAUUCAGUAAUUGAAUAAAUAAAUGCAUAUAAAAUAUUGGUUACUGUGAAAAAAAAAAAAAUAUUUUUUUUUACAAAAAUAUAAUCUAAUAUUAUAUCUUGAUUUUAAUUUUUAAAAUUAAAACUAACCAUCCAAAAUAAUAAGAGUAAUGAUUGUCUUUAGUUAAAAUAAAUCACCUUGUUUAAUAUACUUAGUUUAUAUAAUGAUAUUUUAUAUGUGAUUUUCAAAGCAAUAAACUCAUUUUGUGUUAUUUAUGCUCCUUAUAAGAAUUAAAUGUCUAUUUAAGGUGACUUGUUUCCAUGUAUCCUCUUGAUGUCAACUAAUUUUUAAAAUAAGUAUUAAUAAAUAGAAACUAUAAAUUGUUUUAUUUCUUUAAAA